AUGGGGGCCGACGCCCCAGCUGCCCCGCCAGCAACAAGCAGUGCUGCUCCCUCUCCCAUCCGCCAGCGACUUCUUUCUCUUAGGAAGAAGAAUAAGGCUUCGGAUGCCCAACAGCCAGUCGCACAUACCCCAGAAAAUUCGGCGAGUACAAGUGCGACACUGGCUGUCGAGUCCUCUGGAAGUGGGGAGCCAGGGCAGGUCCCGUCAUCGACCCCCCUUCAGGUUCCAUCUUCAUCAGCACCAGAAGACGGCUCGGUCAAUACGAGCAAGGCCACUCUUUUCUACCAACGCAAAGGCAACAAGUCCUCCACUUCACAAGCAGCAGUGUCAUCCUCGACUUCCCACACAAUUGUUAAACCGCCUUCCCGGCGGUCCCGUUCAAAGCCUUCUCUUCUCGAAAGAGUUUUCAAGCUUGUCCCAUGUGUUGGCUUCGAUUCAAAAGCCAUAGAUGAUGCCCUUCAACCUCAAAUGGUUGAGAUGCGCAAGUCGGAAGCGGGCCCUCAAACUGCCACCACUGAGGGUUCCCUUGAUGCCGCUGUCUUAGCUCCGCCAACAAUUAAUAUUGAACGGCCUCCUUCAAGAACCGACUCUGAGAUAAUUGUUCAACCUCCUCCAAGCUCUCACCUCCUCCCAGUAGACGAGACUGACGGUUUGACCUCUGGUGCUGUUCAACCCCCAGGCUCAACCGGCGAUGCGAUAGCACGAACACAUACACGAGACUCCUCUGAAGAGUCAGAUGGCACCAGCUUUACUGAUGACGAUGCCGUCGUUUAUGACGAGCAGGCUCAUGAGGAAAGAUUAAUAAGGAAUGGUGGAGCGGGGAUACCAUUGGGUCCGGACGGCCAACCCAAACCUCUCUUGCCUCCAAUUGCCCCCGAGCAUAUCGGUAGAAAGUGUCUAGUGUUAGACUUGGACGAGACGCUGGUGCACAGUAGUUUCAAGCCGAUACCACAACCCGACUUCAUAGUUCCCGUUGAGAUUGAAUUCCAUUGGCACCACUUCCAUGUGCUAAAGCGUCCUGGAGUCGACGACUUUUUGAAAAAAAUGGGCGAAAUUUACGAAGUAGUCGUAUUCACCGCCAGUUUGAGCAAAUAUGCAGACCCAGUGCUCGAUAAACUCGACACACAUAAAGCAGUUACCCACAGACUUUUCAGGGAAAGUUGCUUCAGCCACAAGGGUAAUUACGUCAAGGACCUUUCACAACUUGGUCGACCAAUUGCGGACACAAUAAUCCUGGAUAACUCACCGGCGUCCUACAUUUUCCAUGUCAACAAUGCGGUUCCAGUUUCCUCGUGGUUCAACGAUCCCCACGAUGUUGAGCUGACAGACCUGAUCCCAUUUUUGGCUGAUCUCGCCAAUGUCCCCGACGUCCGUGGUAUCUUGAACCUGGCGUUAUAA